ACGUGGGUCGGGAUGCUGCUGCUGAUGAGAAUAUGCAAGUGAACCUCUUCAGUCGUCACUGAAUCUUUUGGACCUCUCUUUUAACGCUCAAGUGUCAGAUUUCAAGGCAGUAAAGACAAAUAAACGACGCUUAGAAGAUGUCUGACAGAGGUGACCUGAAAGCUGAACUUGAGCGCAAAAAACAGCGUCUCGCCCAGAUCCGAGAGGAAAAGAAAAGAAAGGAAGAGGAGAGAAAAAAGAAAGAGUCUGAGGUACAGCAAAAGACAGAGAAUGCAUCAGAAGACUCAGACCUGGACCGAAAGAGAAGAGAGACAGAAGCUCUCCUGCAGAGCAUUGGCAUCUCACCUGAACCACCUUUAGUGCAGCCGCUGCAGCUUUUAACAUGGGAUACCUGUUAUUUUCAUUAUUUAGUCCCAACCCCUAUGUCUCCCUCUUCGCAAUCAGUGAGCACACCCAGUGAGGCGGGGAGCCAGGAGUCCGUGGACGGUGGGACAGUGGCCAGGACGCUGCAGUGGGACACAGACCCCUCAGCUCUUCAGCUUCUUGUGGACUCUGAGCAUGGGUGCAGAAUGAGGAGACUUGGAGCAUCCAAGAUUGUUCAGAUUGACUUCAUGCCGAAAGAAUUGGUCACUUACUCUAAAGAGACCCAGACUCCUAUAGCCGCAAAUCUGUCUGAAGAGGAGGAAGAGGAUGAAGAGCUGCCAGUGGCCAAAAGCGACCUUCAGUCUGAUGAACAAGAAGAGGUAAUCCCUCAGGAAAUCCAGCAAGACCAUCCCAGGGAGCUGACAGAGGAGGAGAAGCAGCAGAUCGUUCACUCUGAGGAUUUCCUGAUCUUCUUUGACCGUGGCAUUCGGGUGGUGGAGCGUGCUCUAGCCGAAGACUCAGAUAUUUUCUUUGACUACAGCGGCCGUGACAUGGAAGACAGAGAGGGGGACACCCAAGCUGGAUUAAAUAUGUCUUUCAACCGACAAUUCUAUGAUGAGCAGUGGUCAAAACACAGAGUUGUCACCUGUCUGGAUUGGUCACCACAGUACUCUGAGUUGCUGGUGGCUUCAUACAACACUAAUGAGGAUGCUCCACAUGAACCAGAUGGAGUUGUGCUGGUCUGGAACAUGAAGUUUAAGAAGACUACCCCAGAAUACAUAUUCCACUGUCAGUCGUCUGUGAUGUCAGUUGGCUUUGCACAGUUUCACCCAAACUUGGUGGUUGGAGGCACUUACUCAGGGCAGAUAGUGUUGUGGGACAAUCGAAGCCACAGGAGGACACCAGUACAAAGGACACCUCUGUCUGCUGCUGCUCACACUCACCCGGUGUACUGCGUCAAUGUGGUGGGAACCCAGAAUGCCAACAACCUAAUCACUGUGUCCACAGAUGGCAAGAUGUGCUCCUGGAGUUUAGACAUGCUCUCCCAGCCACAGGAAAGUAUGGAGCUGGUCUACAACAAGUCCAAGGUCGUGGCAGUCACUGGGAUGGCCUUCCCUGCUGGCGAUGUAAAUAACUUUGUGGUGGGCAGUGAGGAAGGGACCGUUUACACAGCCUCACGACAUGGCAGUAAAGCUGGCAUUGGUGAAAUGUUUGAAGGGCACCAGGGGCCUGUGACUGGCAUCAGUUGCCAUAACGCAAUGGGACCCAUUGAUUUCUCCCACCUCUUCACCACCUCAUCUUUUGACUGGACGGUCAAACUGUGGUCAACUAAACACAACAAACCACUCUACUCCUUUGAAGAUAAUGCUGACUAUGUCUACGAUGUUAUGUGGUCUCCUGUCCAUCCAGCUCUCUUUGCCACAGUGGAUGGAAUGGGUCACUUAGAUCUAUGGAACCUCAAUAAUGACACAGAGGUUCCCUCUGCAAGCGUGACAGUUGAGGGGUCAUGCGCCCUGAACCGGGUCAGGUGGGCAUCUGGAGGCCGGGAGGUAGCAGCAGGAGAUUCAGAGGGACGAGUGUGGAUCUAUGAUGUUGGAGAGCAGCUGGCCGUGCCCCAUUCAGACGACUGGAACCGACUGGCACGUGUUCUAGUGGAAAUCCGAGCAAAUGCAGAUGGAGAAGAGGAUGGUGCUGUAGAAAUGACUGGCUGAAGGCAAUACACCUUUGUAUAAAUUUACAUUCAGUACAAUAAAGCUACCAGAGCAGAUGAUAUAUAUCAGGAUUGGGGUCCACUCUGAAUCGCAUUGCAAAAUAAUAAUGCAAGGCUUUACAUCACUGUCUUUUUGUUUACAUGUUGGAAAAAUUAGAUAUGAAGAGGAACUCAAAAUAAAUUGGUUGUCAUUAAUAGUGUAAACAAAAUACAUGAUAAACAAAUGUGGCUUUAAAAUGCUGUCCAAAAAGCAGUGCUAUGAAGUCAUUUAGUAAUUGCUAGAAUACUUAAAUAACUCUCAUUUAGUUAAAUCUGAGCAAAUCUGAUUUCAUUCACUUGUACUGAUGUGAAGUUCCAGGUAUAACUUGUGAAGAUGCACUGAUACAUACAUCUAUAUUGGUAUUAAUUAAUAGUUUAAUACCCAUUAUAGUCAGUUAAUCCUUAAAGAUUUUGUUUAGGGGUUGUUUCUUCAGUAGGAUAGCAUUCCACAGCUUGAGUGUAGUUGUUUAGAUGAAUAACGUUAAUACCGAAAUAGGUGCUGGAGGUAAAAGGAAUACUUCAGGGUUUUUCAGCCUAAAUUUUUUGUGUGUGUCCUCCCAUCAUGUGAUGGACUGACAACCUGUCCAGGGGUUUUUCAUCCCCUUCCGCCCAAUGAGUGCUGGGAUUGGCUCCAGCGCCUCCCGCGACCCAGGAGGAUAAGCGGCUUAGAUGAUGAGUUAGUAAGUGAGUGAGUGUCCUGCCAUCAGUUACCACAGACAGUACAUGACUGUCCACAAGUAAGAGAUCAGCCUUCGUUUAUUUCAUUUCCAGGUAAAACAGCCAUUAAGUACACAUUAUGAGAUAUUCCUAAGGACAUUUGAUAUAAAAUAAUGCAAUAAUGCAUACUUAAUAAAUAGAAAAAACAGGAGUUUCCCA